AUGUUUCAAGUUGGUAUUGUUACGUGGCUUGUUAUAUUUGGUGUUGUAUUAAUAGCCUCGAUUAUCCUUUUUUUAGAUAAUGGAAAGCAUGAAGAAAUACGAAAUGAUGGAACAAGGAUAAUCGAUACUGUAACUUGGAAAACAAAGGCUAAUGAUGUACCCAUUCUCCCUGAAAUAAAUUCUGGCAAUAGCCUAUCUCUGAUUGAUAAUACCUCCACAAAGGAUAUUUCGUCACAUAUCAAUGUGAGCCGGCUAAAGGCCAAGAGCCAACCUGAUGAGGUGGAAGCUAUUACUCCCAAUUCUAUACUCGGGAUAGAACAUAGCUCAAUUCAAUCCGAAUCACAAAUAACUUUUCCAUCUAUUGAAACUCACUCAGAUAAAGAAAUUUCAAUACACUGUGAAACAAAUGAUUCUAUAACUAGCAUUACUCCUGUAACUCCCGAACAGAUAGUCCCACAAAGUGAGGAUGUUCCUGCAUCUGUCACACCCGACAUAACAAAUUCUGGCUCAUCACAUACUUCUAAUUCGGUAGAUGAGGUAAGUAAAAAAGACGAAUCUUUACCCAAGGAAGAGCCAACGAGUCCAACAGAGACUGAGAAAUCACAAUAUAAUCUCUCAGCCAAUGUCGAUUUAAACCUACCCGUUGAGCAAACUGAAUUGCUCACCGAAUAA